GUCAUGGGUUAAAAUUAGAAUCUAGCUGCCGUGACAUUUUGCUCUGUUACAACUGACAGGAAGGGUUUAAUGACUUUAACAAAGCGAUCAAGAUUCAUGACAAAACUCUUACUGUACUGAACUCUCUGGGACAUGGAAAACCAUCUGCGGUUUCAAAUGUUUCUCCUGGAUGUUAAUUAAAAAUCCAGAAAUUGAAGGCAAUUGUCAAUCUAAUGCGGGUUUCCUCUUUUGCUCACGACACUUCUGGAUAUCAUGCCAAAAAGUGAAAAGUGGGUGCUGAGUUUGAAUGCGGAAGAGCUAUGACUGAAACAACUGUUUGUGUUGGCUCAUUUGUGGCUAUUAAAGACCUGUGGGAAGUCAGAAUCCAGAAAAUUACCGAAGAGCUUCGGAAGCAAAAAGAAUUCAGUCAGAAGGCUGCAGGGAGAUUGACAAUUAUUUGGGAAGAGAGGGCCAGUCUGGCCAAGCUGAAAGGCAAAGUAAUCAAUGAAAAUGGAAGGGCUGUUUUAAGGAUUGAGCAGGAAGAAUGGCAGACUUUACCUUCUUGCUUACUGAAACUGAAUUACCUGCAGGAAUGGCAACUUCACAGAACUAAUUUGAUCAAAAUCCCUUACUACGUUGGUCGCUUUCAAAAUCUCAUUGUCCUAGAUCUGUCUCGAAAUUCCAUUGCAGAAAUUCCUAGGGAGAUUGGUCAAUUGUCAAAUCUUCAGGAGUUGAUCCUCAGUUAUAAUAAAAUUAAGUUGGUUCCUAAAGAAUUAGGCAACUGCGCUGGCUUAGAAAGAUUGGAACUGGCAGUAAAUAGAGACAUCUGUGACCUUCCCCAUCAGCUGAGCAAUUUGAAGAAGCUUUCUCACCUAGACCUGAGCAUGAACCGAUUCACUACUUUCCCACCAGUUAUCCUAGAUAUGCCUAACUUGGAGUGGCUAGAUAUGGCGAGCAACAGGCUGAAAGAAAUCCCUGGCAAUAUUGACAAAGCAGAAAACUUACAUACUUUGUGGCUCCAAAGGAAUGAAAUAACCUGCUUGCCUGAAUCCAUUUCUAAUCUUAAGAAUAUGACCACCCUUGUUCUCACCAGCAACAAAUUGCAAGAUAUUCCUGUUUGCCUGAAUGACAUGCUAAACCUAAGAUUUGUCAACUUCAGAGAUAAUCCACUAAAGCUGCAAGUUACACUUCCUCCUUGCGAGAAUCCCGAAGAAGAGGAGGAACAAGAACUCUAUGGAAUUCAAUUCAUGCAUUUAUAUAUUCAAAAGUCACUCAACGGUGAAGAAAAUAUGGAAAGUGAUAUUUCAGGUGCUGCUGAUACCACUGACUGAAGACCAAAAAUAACACCAAGCUGAUUUGGUAUUACAAUUUUUUGGAGCACAUGAGAAACUGUAAUGCAGAUCUGUUGUAAC